AUGAGCAGAGGGAAAUCCUUCUCCUGCUCCGAGGGUUUACUAUUAUGCUUUCUCCAAAUUACAGUUGUACUACUCCAACUACAACAAACUUGUGCUGCAAAUAAUCACGAAACAUGUGUCCCUUCAUCCUGCGGCAAAAUCACAAACAUAAGAAGUCCAUUUCGGCUGAAGCAUGAACCAGCAAACUGUGGGGAUCCGAGGUACGAGGUAGCUUGCGAAAACAACGUGACAAUGCUAAAUUUGUUUUCUGGUAAAUACUAUGUGCAGGCAAUCAACUACAAAAACUUCACAAUCCGGCUUGUUGAUCCUGGCAUUCAAGAGUCUGAUAAUUGCUCCUCCAUUCCUCGCUAUUUUUUAUCCGCGUCCAAUUUCUCUGAUUAUUACAACUAUGGGAACUACGCGGAUCCAUAUCAAGCCAUUCAACUGAGAGCAUUUCACCAUUCUUUCAAUCAAUUCCAGCACGUGAUUUACUUGAACUGCAGCACUCCAGUGAGGGAUGAUCCUCGGUACGUGGAUACAUCUCCCUGCGUCAAGUGGCAUUCCAAAGGCCAUGUUUAUGCUUUCGCUGGGGAGUUGUUCGCUGGAGACUUAAAACCUGAUUGCCACGUCAAGAUGAUUGCUACAACAUCCGAUUUUGGUUAUGCUUCGGAAUGGAGGCAGGGAAACAACAAAAACUUUACCUACGAUGAAAUUCUUAGGAUGCUAGUCUAUGGAUUUGAUGUUUCGUGGAUGAGUUUUCCUUGUGAACCUCUUCGUUGUGCAAUGCUAACUUGCUACUUUAAUGAAACAAGCCAGAGUCCUGCUUGUGUGGACAACACGACGUCUGGUUACUGUUUCUCUCCAUUGGGAUUUUAUGUCAGAUGUGGACUACUACAAAUAAUAGGUCGAAAAUUAGGCGAUCCAGCUUCCACAGGCAUUCCAGAUUCUGAACUUGGUAUUGAGAUAGGAAGAGUCACGGGAAGGUAUGUCUGGCUAACAUAUACAAUGGUGAGAUUUACGUUGGGUCUCAUAGUUUUCUUUGUGGUAUUGACAUAUACAUGUCGAAGAAGACAUAGAUCAACGUAUGAAAAUAUUGAAGAUUUUCUGCGAGGGAACACCCUCAUGCCAAUAAGGUAUUCAUACAAAGAGAUAAAGAAGAUGACUAGAGAUUUUAAGCACAAACUUGGUGAAGGAGGCUACGGCUCUGUUUAUAAAGGAAAACUACGCAGUGGGCCUUUUGUAGCCAUAAAGAUGUUGGGAAAAGCUAAGGCUAAUGGGCAAGAUUUCAUAAAUGAAGUCGCAACCAUAGGAACAAUACAUCAUGCCAAUGUGGUGCGACUUAUUGGAUUUUGUUUCGAGGAAUCAAAACAUGCUCUUGUUUAUGAAUAUAUGCCCAAUGGUUCUCUUGAUAGAUAUAUUUUAUCCAAAGAGGAUGAUAUCUCUUUAACUUAUGAGCAAAUGUACGACAUAUCUCUUGGAGUGGCUCGUGGUAUUGCUUAUCUACAUGAAGGCUGCGACAUGCAAAUUUUGCAUUUUGAUAUCAAGCCCCAUAACAUACUUCUUGAUGAGAACUUUAUCCCUAAGGUUUCAGACUUUGGUCUUGCAAAGCUUUAUCCUAUUGAUAAUACCAUUGUCACUUUGACUGCAGCAAGAGGAACAAUUGGUUACAUGGCUCCUGAAUUAUUCUACCAAAACAUUGGAGGAGUAUCCUACAAGGCUGAUGUGUAUAGCUUUGGAAUGCUUUUGAUGGAAUUGGCAAACAGGAGAAGAAACUUGAAUCCACAUGCAGAUCAUUCAAGCCAAACUUUUUUUCCCUUUUGGAUUUAUAAUCAAUUGAUUGAAGAAAGGGAGAUAGAAAUGAAAGAUUUUACCAAUGAGGAAAAGAAUAAUGUGAAGAAGAUGUUCAUAAUUGCACUGUGGUGUAUACAGUUGAAACCCAGUGACCGUCCUUCAAUGGACAAAGUAAUAGAGAUGUUGGAAGGACAUGUUGAGUGCAUUGAAAUGCCUCCGGAGCCUUCUUUUUAUUCGACUGAAAUGAUUCAAGGAGAUCUUGAAAUCAACUCUGACCAAACUAUAUCAGAUGAUGCUGCUGGCUCUGUUAGUAUUCUUGAAGAAAGUACAGAAUAUCCUUUAUUGAGGUAUUCUGCUUGA